AGAGAGAGAGAGAGAGGUGCCGCAGCCCGCGGAAGCCAACUAUGCUUGCGGAAUGCGUCUGAGCCACCCGACAGUAAACAAAAGAGUGAUUUGUCCCAAAAUGGUCAUAUAGAUUCAGAGUUAACAAAGCUUUAUCGGCAUGGUUGCCAAAGCGUUUAAAGUACUUUAAAAAAAAGAUGUAUUAUGUAAAUAAAUAAGACGUAGUUAACAAAGAAACGAAGGGAAAAAGAAAAAAAAAAAGAAAAGAAAAAGAAAGGGAAAUAAAUACACAUUUUAGAUCCCGACAGCGCGCGCGCUUGCACACUCACACACAUACACAUGCGCGCUCACGCACGCCCUCGCACUCACGCGCUGCGGAUUGAGCUCUUCCCGCUUUGAGCUCGAGCAGCAACGAUCGCCGUUCGGCGGAUGACAGUUUGUUUUCAAAGAGGGGCCUGUAUGACAACAACAUUUACCCUCCUAAAUACGUCAAUAUAGUGUCUUCUCGCCAAGAUGUGGCCGCCUAUCCCUAAAUGUACGCGUCUGGUGAGAAAUACGAGCCAAAGGAUGUAAAUCCCAGUGACCUGUCUGUGUACAGCAGCUCUAGCACAUCUGAAGGAAGGAGUGCAGUUCAAACAAGCAUGAGGUUGCUGGCCUCCUUGCCACACCGACUACAACAAACACGCAUUGCCCCCUUUUAACCCCAUCAGGAGUACAAACUGCCUCGGUCCACUAACAUACAGGUAUGUAUGAACACACACGGAAAUAACAGCCCGUCCCUUUGGUUCAACACCAGAACGGCCCUUGAAUAACGAACAAAACAGUAGAGAGUUAGAAAGUGAGAGAGACUGAGGGUCCCAUGUGCCAUUGGGCCGAGGGGCUUUCGCCAUGAGCAGUACUCUGGGUAAAGAUAAAGACUCUAAGGAGAGGGAACCCAAAGCUGAAGGGAAAUCCAAAACCAAAGGGAAAGAUGCCAAAGACGGGAAGAAAGACACGAGCGGUGCUUCGCCCGCAGUGGCCUUCACUUUGGAUAGUACGAUUAAGCGCCCCAAUCCACCACCCAGCACGCGCAAAAAAUCCAGCAAUGCCGAGGUCAUCAAGGAACUUAACAAGUGCCGCGAGGAGAACUCGAUGCGCCUGGACCUGUCUAAAAGAUCCAUCCAUCUGUUGCCCUCCUCCAUCAAGGAGCUGACCCAGCUGACAGAGCUCUACCUGUACAGCAACAAGCUGCAGUGCCUUCCACCGGAGGUGGGCUGCCUGUCGGGACUGGUGACGCUUGCACUCAGCGAGAACUCUCUCACCAGCCUGCCCGACUCACUGGACAACCUAAAGAAGUUGCGUAUGCUUGACUUGCGGCAUAACAAACUACGGGAAAUCCCUGCUGUGGUCUACCGCGUCAGCUCCCUCACCACGCUCUACCUGCGCUUUAAUCGUAUCACCACCGUAGAGAAGGACAUCAAAAACCUGUCCAAACUCACCAUGCUCAGCAUCCGAGAGAACAAAAUCAAACAGCUGCCCGCAGAGAUCGGUGAACUCUGUAACCUGAUAACGCUGGAUGUAGCCCACAACCAGCUGGAGCACCUUCCUAAAGAGAUCGGCAAUUGCACUCAGAUCACCAACCUCGACCUGCAGCACAACGAACUUCUUGACCUACCUGAGACUAUAGGUAACCUGUCAAGUAUAAAUCGUUUGGGCCUGAGGUACAACCGUCUAUCAGCGAUCCCUCGAUCUUUAGCGAAGUGCCGAGAGCUGGAAGAGCUCAACCUCGAAAACAACAACAUCUCAGUGUUACCAGAGGGGCUGCUCUCCAGCCUGGUGAACCUGACAAGCCUGACGCUGGCACGGAACUGCUUCCAGUCUUACCCAGUCGGCGGCCCGUCCCAGUUCUCCACCAUCUACUCUCUCAACAUGGAGCACAACUGUAUCAACAAGAUCCCUUUCGGCAUCUUUUCUAGAGCCAAAGUGCUCAGCAAACUCAAUAUGAAGGACAACCAGCUAACGUCCCUCCCGCUGGAUUUUGGGACGUGGACCAGCAUGGUGGAACUAAACCUGGCAACAAACCAGCUCACCAAGAUUCCCGAGGAUAUCUGCGGGCUUGUAUCUUUAGAGGUCCUCAUAUUGUCCAACAAUCUCCUGAAGAAGUUGCCUCAUGGGAUUGGGAAUUUACGGAAAUUACGAGAGCUUGACUUGGAGGAGAACAAACUGGAGUCUCUCCCAAAUGAGAUUGCCUACCUUAAAGAUCUACAGAAACUUGUGUUGACCAAUAAUCAGCUGACCACUUUGCCAAGAGGGAUCGGUCACCUGACCAACCUGACGUACCUGGGCUUGGGAGAAAACCUACUGCAGCAUCUACCUGAAGAGAUUGGUACUCUAGAGAACCUUGAGGACCUGUACCUGAAUGACAACCCCAACUUGCACAGUUUACCGUUUGAGUUGGCCCUGUGCAGUAAGCUGUCCAUCAUGAGCAUAGAGAACUGCCCCCUCAGCCACCUUCCGCCCCAGAUUGUCGCUGGAGGCCCUUCAUUCAUCAUCCAGUUCCUCAAGAUGCAGGGGCCUUACCGUGCCAUGGUCUGACACCCCCUGUCUGAGGCUUACACACUGUACAAACAAAACCAACAAAGAGAAAAAACAGCAUCGCUAUUCGAUGUUAUCUUUGAAGAUAUCGUCGUCACUAUAUCUAGGACAGGACUCCACAACUGGGUUCCAAAUAUAGGAAUCAUAGCCAGUUAGGUCACCUUUGUCCCCCAGUCAAGUAGAAAAUGAUGUCUAGACUUCUGUUGCCAAAAUUAAUGAUUAUAUACAUUAGUGAUUCUAAGAAAAGUGGCGCUGUUUAAAUGCUGAAAUAAUUUUGCCAAUUUAUUCAAAGUCAUUAUAGGGUUUUUUGACGCCAGGAAACAGUUGUAUGCAAAAACUAAAUAUUUUUUACAACUUCAUUUUUUGCUGCUGUUGCCGCCAAACUGUAUGUUGGUUGAUUUUUUUUUUUUUUUUUUCUCUUACGCAAAUCUUUUUUUCUUUUUCUUUUUUAAUCCCACAACCAAAAGAUUUUUAUUGUACAGAUGUCCUGUUUGGAAGCAGUGAACAAAUUUUAGUGUUGCAUUUUUUAUUAUGAUUAUUAUUAUAGAAAUUGUGCCUAUCCAGUGCAGUUGAGUGGUUUGUGUCUGAACAUAAUUACCUUAAAAGGUUUUUAGUACAAAAGGAUGAAUUUACAGAUGUAUAACUUAUUCAGUAAUUCAUUUUGUAAUUAUUGUUCAUUACUUUGUCAGUCCCCCUUUUUUUAAUAUCCAUUCCUCUUCACUGUUGGGCUUCGCUUGAAUUUUUUUAAAGAUAAAUCUGCGAUUCCCAGUGAUUAAGUUUUCUACGUAAUCAAUAGUAUUUGUGAAAACAAAGCGACGUAGCUAAAUAAAAGCAGUCACGUAAUGGGUUUAAGUCAUUAGAAAGCUAGGUAUUUCGCACUAUAGGCGUGAUUGUAACGAGACAUUUCGAAAAUAUCCUGCUCCUAUUUUACUCCAGAAUUAAGAGAAACAAAUAAGAAAUGUAUUUUGCAUAUAGAAAAUUAAGCCUAUUUUAGGGCCAUUAAGAUUUUGUUUAUUUUUUUUUUUUAUUGUGACAUUUACACACAUUUACCCCCACCCCCCAAUUCUCAUAACCACAAUGCAAAAAAAUUAUAUUUAAAUUGCAAAAUAUUAUAUCAUUGGCGUUUUUUUUUUUUUUUUUUUUUUUUUUCUUUCUCCAUUUUCAUUGGUUUUAAUUUAAAAACGUACAACACCAUUGUUUUUUCACUCUUAAUACAGUAAAACAUAAUGUGUCUGUUCCAAAACUUAGUGAUCUUCCUCCAGAGGCAGCGUUUAAAGACAUCAUAGUCACGCUCCAGACGUGAAGGCUGUUCCAAAACAUAGGUAUCUUAAUUAUGCUGCCUCAGAAGAUUCCUCGUUUUGGACAAAUUUUAAGGUACAAUUGAAUAUGCAUCCUCCUUCAGGUAAGCGAUCCCAGAAUGCACUGUGAUGAGCUCAGUGAAAAAAUAAAUCCAAGAUGGCGGACGAAGCGAGAGAAAUUUGCAUUAUAAAUAGACUUGUAAUUCAUUCAGUACUGAAAAGUAUCGAUAAAAAAUGUUUAAAAUAAUAGAAAACUGACUAUUGUACCCAAAAUGUGUUUACUGUGUGUAUUUAUGCUCAUAAGAGUAUCGCGUUGUUCCUAUCACGUCACCUCUAUUGAAAUCUGUUGCGAGCCGUGCGCGACGAGUGCUACUUCAAUGACGCGCGGAGCUGCGUCUAUGUAGAGCGUUCCAAAUCGCGCUCUUAUGAGGCAUCAUUUCAGUAAGGAUGCUGCCAUUAAAUACAACUGCGUAUGUAGUCGAGACAGCAAGGCAGUUCACUAAGUUUUGAAACUACCUCAUUGUCUGCGUUACGGUAAUGAGAAUAGUAAUUGAAUAGUCAAUAGUAAAAUGUCCGGACACAUUGCGGUAAUGAGAAUUGGGGGGAAAAUGUGCCUAAGUGUCCUGAAAACAAUGCAAAAAAUGUUUUAAUGGUUACUGCAAAAUAGAAUUUAUUUGUAACGAUUUGAGGUUAAAUAUGAGCAGGAAAUGUACUUCUGACAGGUUUCAUGAGGAUCACAUAUAGGGCAGCAUUAUUCAAAGCAGCCAUUCUGAAUCUGUUCGGCUGGAGUUUUAGUUGGUUCUGUGAUGUUUACUUAUCUGUCAUAUCAACAGUGUUGCGCUCUGCUUAAGUCCUGUUGGUGAGAGUUUGCUUCUACAUAUCAGGUGCCGAACAAUGCUAGCAGUUAACAUCAGAUCUGAAGGCCCACAUUUACUGUGAGGAAUGCCAAAAACACCCAUUUACGUCAGUUCUCUUCAUUAUUUCUUGACAGAAUCACCAGUAAUGGUGUCAUGUAAUCUAGGACCAGUCUUAAACUUUACAACUUGGUUUCUGCUCUUUUCUUUUACUUUCACAGGAUCUUUAUUUUGUUUGCACCGUUUGUCUCAUACACCGCCCCUCUUAUGCUGCUGCUUUUAAUGCACUUUGUAUUGAUAUUUGGCACCCACCUAGAGUAAAAGGGUCGAGAGAUUUCAUGUUACCAAUUCAACAUAUGGAUGGGGGCAUUUUUUAUCAUUUCUGAAGUAUUUUAUCGUUUAUUUUAAUUGUCUAUCAUGUAUAGUUUAUAACAACGAAUGAGAAAAGUUUGCCUCGGUAAAUUCAAAAGUUAACAUUCUAUUAAGAACCUUUUUUCUUGAUUUUUGAGGCUUUGAUGCUAUCUCUUUAUUAAAUAUUUGAUUUAAACUUUUCUGUCUGGCUAGUUUGUGUGUUUCAAAUGGUGCAAAUCAUCAAAUUAUUGAAAUUAAAGCCCAUUAUGUUUUGAUUAUACAAACUUGGAAUUUCUUUUGGUUUUAGUAUUAUAUCAGGCGACUGUAAAUUUACAACUCCACUUUAGUUUAUCAAGCCAAAUGUAUUUUGUUAGUGUUUGUUUGUCACUUUCCCUUUUCAUUUAUAAAGACAUUGGCAGCAGUGUAAAGAUUUGCAGCAACUAAGAGGCACUUCAUGUUCGUGGGGCCACAUUCGGUGUAAAGAAAGGACACAAAUCGCUGCUUUUUAUCAACCAGCAGAACCUGUUGCUGCUUUAUGGACCUCCUAAAAACGUAAUGCUGUAAAAGAACCGACCGAGGCGAGACGAUACAGACUGAGUUCUCGGCCGGUUCUACCAGCACAGACGUUCUGUUACAGAUGAAAUCCCUCUGGACCCGUUUGGCCAAUACGGUGCAUGUUCUGCGCCUGACGCAGACGCUGAAUAAAACGGAAAAAUAUAAACAUUGUAAAAAGGGCUUUCUCUGUUAAUGCUUAACUAUACACCAGAGGCAUUGCAUUCCUGGUUUUGUAUAAAAGCUUAGAACUGUACAUUUGAUUUUUCUUUUUGUGUGUGUGUAUGCGUGAGUGUGUGUGUGAGGAAAUAGAUGUUGAAAUUGAAUUCUUAUGUGACAAUAAAUGCCUUUGAUGAGUG